CCAUUCAUAACCUCAGUUUUGAGUGUAAACAAAAACACCUGUGAAGGACUGAGUGUUUUCCUCGGUGUUUUCAGUAUUUUCCAAGCGAUAUGGAGUCACAAUCUCUGUACAAACUUGUUCACCCCGUGAAAUACUAUCGCGAUCACUUGAGCCAAAACGUUCGUCCGGAUGGCCGGAAGUUCCUGGAAUACCGUCCAAUAUCUGUGAAUGUCGACUCAAUUGGCACAGCCGAUGGCUCGGCUAUAGUGAAGUAUGGAGAGACAACUGUGGUGUGCGGAAUUAAGGCAGAAUUGGCAGUGCCUCGUCCUGCGGAGCCCGAUUCCGGCUACCUGGUGCCCAAUGUGGAACUCACGCCACUCUGCUCGCCAAAAUAUCGUCCGGGACCGCCCACGGAUGAGGCUCAGGUGUUUAGCAAAAACCUCAUGGACAUUUUGGUGAACUCCAAGUGUGUCGACUUGAAGGAUUUGUGCGUUGAGAGGGAGAAAUUGGCGUGGGUUCUGUAUUGCGACGUUUCCUGCUUCAACUAUGACGGGGCACUGCUGGAUGCUGCCACUCUGGCUGUCAUGGGGGCGCUUCACACGUGCACCCUGCCGACGGUUGUGUAUGACAGAAACUCAAAGACGUACAAAGUUGAGAAUGAAAACCGGCGGAAGCUGAAUGUGCGAUCGCUGCCCAUCUCGACGACUUCCAUGGUGUUCGACGACGGCACCGUCGUGACCGAUCCCACUGCUGAGGAGGAGGAACUGGCCAGCAGUGUCGCCACAGUGACUUCCUGCAACUCCGACAUUUGCUUCGUCUACAAAUCCGGCGGCAGUUCUGUGACUCCCAAAGAUCUGGACCUCUUCAUCGCUCAGGCAAAGUGUCAGGAAGCAAAGGUGGCUUCUUUGCUCAGGUCAAUCCUUGAAACAUCCAAGCAAGAAGACAUCGUGAAGUGAAUUCGUCAC